AUGCCGCUGGGACCAUGGAAAAAGAAAAACAAGUCGACGAAGGAGCAUUUGGUGGAGAACGAGGAGGUCAGCGGCGGACACGCAGGUGCCGGGAGCUUUGGUAAAUCCGCCGUGAACGGCGCGGGGCUCCCGCCUCCACCUGCCAGCCAGCGGCCCAAACUGGUUUUCCACACGCAGCUGGCGCACGGAAGCCCCACCGGCAGGAUCGAGGGAUUCACCAACGUCAAGGAGCUGUACUCCAAGAUAGCAGACGUCUUCAAUAUCAGCCCACCUGAGAUCCUCUUCUGCACCCUCAACACCCACAAGAUCGACAUGGAGAAGCUGCUGGGGGGCCAGAUCGGCCUGGAGGAUUUCAUCUUCGCCCACAUUAAAGGGGUCAGAAAGGAGGUGGAAGUGCACAAAUCUGAAGACGCUCUGGGCCUCACCAUCACCGACAACGGAGCAGGCUACGCGUUCAUAAAGCGAAUCAAGGAGGGCAGCAUCAUGGACGGCGUGAAGGUGAUCAGCGUGGGCGACCACAUAGAGUGCAUCAACGGGCGGAACAUCGUGGGGACGCGGCACUACGAGGUGGCCCGCAUGCUGAAGGAGCUGCCCAGAGACAAGCUGUUCACGCUCAAGCUGGUGGAGCCCAUGAAGGCCUUCGAGAUGCUCGAGCCGAGGUCAAAGGGCGCCAAACCUGCCAACGACAAUAAGAUUGGCACAGGGAAGGGGACCCUGAGGCUUCGCGCCAAAGGCCCGGCGACUGUGGAGGAGGAGCCCACUGAAUUCGAGGAGAAAGCCCUAAAGAAGGUGGACGACCUUCUGGAGAGCUACAUGGGCAUCAGAGACACUGAACUCGCCGCCACGAUGGUGGAGGUCGGCCGCGACAAGAAGAACCCGGACGAGUUCGCCAUGGCGCUGGACGAGACCCUGGGCGACUUCGCCUUCCCCGACGAGUUCGUCUUCGACGUCUGGGGGGCCAUCGGAGAUGCCAAGCAGGGCAGGUUUUAG